CUGCCGCCAGCGCCCUGAGGUGCGAUUUUGUUUCCUUGCAGGGUGUCUUUUAUGAAUAAUCAAAAGCCGCAGAAGCCGACGCUAUCAGGCCAGCGUUUUAAAACUAGAAAAAGAGAUGAAAAAGAGAGGUUUGACCCUACCCAGUUCCAGGACUGUAUUAUUCAAGGUUUAACCGAAACUGGCACCGAUUUGGAGGCGGUAGCGAAGUUUCUUGAUGCUUCUGGUGCAAAACUUGACUAUCGCCGCUAUGCAGAAACGCUUUUUGACAUUCUGGUGGCUGGUGGAAUGCUGGCCCCAGGUGGUACCCUGGCAGAUGACAUGACACGCACAAACGUCUGUGUAUUUGCAGCACAGGAAGACCUAGAAACCAUGCAAGCAUUUGCUCAGGUUUUUAACAAGUUAAUCAGGCGUUACAAGUACCUGGAGAAAGGCUUUGAAGAUGAAGUCAAAAAGUUGCUGCUGUUUCUGAAAGGGUUCUCAGAGUCUGAGCGGAACAAACUGGCUAUGUUGACGGGUAUUCUGCUAGCCAACGGGACACUUAAUGCAUCGAUUCUCAACAGCCUUUACAAUGAGAACUUGGUUAAAGAAGGUGUUUCUGCAGCUUUUGCAGUGAAGCUGUUUAAAUCAUGGAUAAAUGAGAAAGAUAUUAAUGCAGUGGCUGUCAGUCUUCGCAAAGUAAACAUGGAUAACAGGCUGAUGGAACUCUUCCCAGCCAACAAACAAAGUGUUGAACACUUCUCCAAGUACUUCACUGAAGCAGGACUAAAAGAACUUUCUGAGUAUGUUAGGAACCAGCAAACUAUAGGAGCUCGGAAGGAGCUGCAGAAAGAACUUCAGGAGCAGAUGUCACGGGGAGAUCCAUUCAAGGAUAUAAUCUUGUAUGUGAAGGAGGAGAUGAAGAAAAACAACAUCUCAGAACAGACCGUGGUAACCAUCAUCUGGUCAAGUGUAAUGAGUACAGUGGAAUGGAACAAAAAGGAGGAGCUGGUAGCAGAGCAAGCCAUUAAGCACUUGAAGCAAUACAGUCCUCUACUUGCUGCCUUUACUACCCAAGGUCAGUCAGAGCUGACUCUUCUGUUGAAGAUUCAGGAGUAUUGUUAUGAUAACAUUCACUUCAUGAAGGCCUUCCAGAAAAUAGUGGUGCUCUUCUAUAAAGCUGAAGUUCUGAGUGAGGAACCCAUCCUGAAGUGGUAUAAAGAUGCACAUCUUGCAAAAGGAAAGAGUGUUUUUCUGGAACAAAUGAAAAAGUUUGUUGAAUGGCUCAAGAAUGCUGAAGAAGAGUCGGAGUCUGAAGCCGAAGAGGGUGACUGACCUGUGAACCUCUGUCCUCAGUAAAGCAAACAGGAGCUGUAGAUGAGUGUCAUGUCUCGUGUCCUGAUUCUUGCAUCCUACCUCCCUGUAUCAAGCAUGAUAUAAGGGCUCUCAUGGCAAUUUAUUUUAAUUGUUUUCUAUAGUUACUAAAAUACUGGGUUUAGUUUUUAAAAACACAUUUUAAGUAGCUUACAGGAGCUGUUAUAGAUUUUACUCUUAACCUGCAUUUGUCCUUUCAGUUAUAUUCUACCUCCUGUAUUUUCUACUGUAAUAAUGUAAUUUAAGGCCUUCCACAAUGAAAUUCAUUUUACCC